AUGAAAAAGAAAAGUGAAAGGAGGGGUAGGUUUCUUGCUUUGAAGUUUUUUCUUUUUGGGAAAGCUGUCAGUGUGUUGACUGAGUGGGGUCCAUUAGCAGGAGGAAAUGGUGGAUGGGAUGGGACGGGAGACGUAAUUCUCCUUCACUAUACAUUUUCUGUGAAGGAUAGCUAUUAUCUUAAAAUUUCAUUUCUUCAGGCUGCUGAAGGUGCUAGAAUUGCUGGGGCAUCAAGAAUUAUUGGAAUCGACAGGAACCCAAGUAGAUUUGACGAAGCCAAGAAAUUUGGAGUUACAGAGUUUGUCAAUCCUAAGGAACAUAACAGACCAGUUCAACAGGUCAUUGCAGAGAUGACGAAUGGAGGUGUUGACAGGAGUGUGGAGUGUACGGGUAACAUUAAUGCCAUGGUUUCUGCUUUUGAAUGCGUCCAUGAUGGAUGGGGUGUUGCUGUACUUGUUGGCGUGCCCAACAAAGACGCAGUCUUCAUGACCAAGCCUAUUAAUCUAUUGAACGAGAGGACACUUAAAGGAACUUUCUUCGGGAAUUACAAACCUCGGACUGAUCUCCCAUCAAUCGUUGAUAUGUACAUGAACAAGAAACUAGAGUUGGAUAAGUUCAUAACUCAUCAUCUCUCGUUCUCUGAAAUCAACAAGGCCUUUGAGUACAUGGUGAAAGGAGAGGGCCUGCGAUGCAUAAUCAGCAUGGAAGACUAAUGAUUUUUCUUCAUGCAUAGAGGACAUGUUUGGAAUGUUGUAUUGAAUAGAACUACACGAUAUAAUGAAUAAAUGUAACUUUCUUUUUCUUUUGCAAUACUUUUGACUACUGUCCAAUCUAUCUUGUGAAAUGCGCCAAGAAGGAAUUAUGUAUGAAGUUGACCCCUUUUUAUCUACAUGAAUGUUUAUUAAAAUUCA